CAUAUCCAUCUACCUUCUCACCAGAUGGAAGCGUUGCAACAUGGGCAAAGUGUCCAUUUUAUUGUACCAAGUACAACGAAGAAACAUUUAAUGAGUAUUUGACAAGUUGCCAGGGCAUGAUCACAGAAAAACUUAGAAUCAUAUUCUUAAAGGUCGAGAUACACCCAAGAAAAAGUAAUGCUAUAAUCACACGACCUCUAAUAAUUGAUCUCAAUAGAGAACGUUGUGAAAAAUAUGAUAGUAUACAUGGUUCCUCAGACCCAUGUUCUUAUGAGUGGUAA